AUGGGUCGCCACUCACGAUGUCAAGCAAGAAAAAGGGGGACCCGCAAACUUGUUUUCUGCAAGUCGCUGUUUCUCAACGACAGAAGUGACUCUGCAAAACAAGCCACGAUCACUUGUAAUUACAACCCUUACAGAGCUUACAUUCAGACAUUACUGAACUACGGAUCAAAUGCUGUUAGUAGCCAGCUGGAUACGCAGCUCUUCAUCAGGGAUGAUUCAGACAGUCCAGGAGUAACAGAUCCAAAUGGAAGAAACAACGGGCUAUUUCUGAGAGCAAAUGAAAUUGCCUUAUCUAAACGCAUCGACUUACAAGGACCUAUCUUUCACGAUUUGUUUUCCAUGUCAAGAUAUUUGCUGAACCAGGUGGAUGUGAAAGUGAAGAUGUAUAGAAGUUCUACCAACUUUUGUCUGCUCACUGGAGAUAACUCAGACUACAAUGUGAAAAUUGAAGAUAUUUACAUCCUAGCUCGAAAGAUCAGAGUCAACCCUGCCGUCAUCUACGGCCAUUCAAAAAUACUGGAGAAGCAAAAUGCGCUAUAUCCCUAUGAUAAGGUUGAAGUGAGAUCAGUGAGCAUAUCAACGGGUUCAACUAGUUUCAACUGGGAGAACAUGUUUCAGGGAAAACGACCAAACAAAAUCAUCUUAGGAUUUGUGAAAAGUAGAGCAGUAAGCGGUGAUUACAAGACCAACCCUUUCAACUUCGAGAACUGUUCUAUUCAGCAAAUCGCCGUAUAUUGCGAUGGAUUACCUGUUGGAGGAAACCCACUGAAGUUGGAUUUUGACACAACUGGAGGUACGGCUAUUAUGCGCGCCUAUACCAACUUGCUCGUAUCAAGCGGAAAAUGGAGGCAAGAUGAAGGGAAUCUACUAGACAGAAAUCAUUAUAUAAAAGGUUCAACAUUGUUCGUUUUCCAGUUGGAGCCAGACUUUUCCCAUCACGGGGAAUAUCUUUCAUUGGUGAAAACGGGGAAUGUGCGAUUGGAUGUCGUAUUCAAGACACCAUUAGCAGAACCAAUGAGCUGUAUUGCCUGGAGCGUUGGGCCAGCUUUUUUUGAGAUCAAUGAAAUGAGAGAUAUCAUUCUUCCAUAA